AUGCGGUGGUCUAACCAAGAACAUAUUUCAUCCGAUAUGGAUUCCAAUGCUGAUGAAAGAGGCCAUCGAUAUCCUCAACGACGUGUUGAUACAAUUCAUGGCAAUACGACGAAUGACAAAGUAGAUAACAACUAUAUUGCCAAUCGUCGACAUAGUUUAGCUCAUAUUAACUUUCGGAAAGCGAUUGAUCGAAGUCUCUCAUUGCCAGACAUAACUGAGGAACCUAAUCAUCUCCAACGACGUUAUUUGGAAUAUUUCAUUAAAUUUUUAUUUCUUUGUUUUAUAUUUAUAUACUUUCUUCUAAUUCGAAUCUUAUUCUUAUCGUCGAUAUUCGAUUCGACAAUUGCAGUUCAAUUACUGAACGCAUCAUCGGGUAUCUAUGUUGGACGAACCGUUCAUUACGGCAACAGAACUAUUCAACAGUAUCUGGGAAUCGAAUAUGGACGUACUGUUAAACGAUUCGAUCGAGCUAUACCAAUUUUAAAAGAAAAUGAUCGGAUUAUUCAAGCAACUUCAUUAGGACCUUUCUGUAAGCCAACAUUCGGUUCAUGCCCGGGAAAUAUUGGAGUGAAUGUUUCGUUGCCUACCUGUUCUAUUAGUUAUGGUAUUUUUUCUGUUAAAUCGUAUCCAGCUGAACAAUGUUUGUUUUUAAAUGUCUUCAUUCCGGUGACGACCGAUCCUCCUCCUACUAUCACUAGUGGUAAUUAUCCAAAGAAGAAAGCCAUACUUAUGUGGAUUCAUGGUGGUUCAGGUCAAAUCGGCACAGGAAACGUGUUUGACGGAACGAUUCUUGCCGCUCUAGGCGAUAUUAUUGUUAUAACAUUUAAUUUUCGCUUAAAUCUCUUUGGCUUUCUAUCAUCAGGCGACAGUCGUCUAGAAGGAAAUCUAGGUCUUUACGAUCAAGCUCUAGUUCUCGACUGGAUUUAUCAAAAUGCACAUGCAUUCGGCGGAGAUAUUCAUCGUAUUACAGUUGGCGGACAUUCAGCUGGUGCUCCGCAUGCUUACUAUCUAGCUAAAUCGCCAUUCAAUCAAGGACGUAUACGUCGAUUACUGUUGCAAAGCGGUAGUCCAUUUAAUAUUUGGUCACAUUUGAAAGCACAUGAUGCGAUGGAAAAAUUCAAUACGGUCGUGAAUGACAAUGCGUGUGGGAUCUGGCGAACAUUUGAUGAGAAGUUAAAAUGUUUACAAGAGCGCGAUUUUGAUUUGAUUGCGGAACAUGAGCAUCAUUCGUAUACAAGUGCAAAUCAUACAAAUGUUGUUACUGCCGGAUAUUUUAUGAGUGAAUUUCGAGAAGAAUUUCAACUGAAUGAUACACUAGCAGAUGUAGAUAUACUAAUGGGUUCGACAGACGAUGAAGGUGUUUAUGUGGCAAUUGUACCGAUUAUUAUGGAACAAUCGAAUCCUGAGAUAAUUACACUUCACAAUGUUAAUUUUACUGAAGUAACGCUCAAAUUUCUGGAUGCUAUGCAACCGGACAAGACCUGUUUACACCAAAAAGCUUUGGAAUUAUAUCACAUUGACAAAAUUCCUUCGAAUUGCUCUGAAUCACUCGAGUGUUACUGUUCGGCAUUCUACAAUUAUUCACGUCUUAUAACCGAUGUUCUUUUCAGCAACGACUACUAUCGUUUCAUUGAACAACGUUUGAAAUAUUCCAAUCACACCUAUCUCUAUCAAUACUCUCAUCGAACUGCGCAAGAACAUCCAACGCCUUGCAAUGAUUAUUUACACAAACAAGACCUAGUUGGACACUUUGCUGAACUUGAAUACACAUGGGGCACACCGCUGUUAUACGAAGAGCCAAAUUCAACAUUGCAUCUAUCGCCAUUGAUUGAAUAUGUUCGAUAUGGACCGAACAUGACCACCGAUUACAAUUUUACUCAUAUGUAUACAAAAGAGCAAAUCGAAUUUAGUAAACAGUUGAUUGAGCAAUGGUCAAAUUUCAUCAAAACAGGUCAACCGACAAGCCCACAAUCUCGUCUCCACUGGCCACCGAUAACGAAUAAUUCGAUAGGACUUUUUAUGCAUUUACAAGUCAAUCAAAGUGAAGUCAAACAACUUGUUAUUCCUCCAAGUGUCGAAUUUUGGAAGAAUAAAUGUCCAGACAAAAAGACAUCUUCACCCCGAACGAAUUCAAUGAAUAACGAUGCAUUCACUACUGACAUAACCUGGGAGAUCGUUUUUGGUUGUUUCAUAUUUUCGAUGGUGCUUUAUUCAAUUCAUUCAUUUCAAUAA